CUUGAAUGCUUCUUCUCCUUGUGUGAGCAACUAGUAAACAUUGCACAAACACAUCUUUCGCAAAAUAAACUUUUUCUAAUGUUUUUAGUUAACUAUAGUAGUACUUCCGAAUCUGAAGCUGAGGAGGAUGUCAAAGAAGUCGAUAAUCAUCAUACAGAAACAAAAAAGCUAAUACUCCCCAAGGCCACAACCUUACUUGGAAAACGAAAGUUGCCUGAUGAGGACGUAGUUACAGAUGAUCCAUCCAAACACCAAGGACGUAUACGAAGUUUUAAACACGAACGUGGUAAUUGGGCUACAUAUGUUUUUGUUGCAACGCCAAAAUCCCUGCUGGAAGAUUUACAAGAAUUAUGCCUCAGACAAUUGGAUAGUAAAUGUGAUUUUAAAAUUUGCCCUGAUCUCCACAUAAGUUUAAGUCGAACUGUUGUGUUACAAUAUCAUUUUAUAGAAUCAUUUAUAAAAACUUUGGAGGAGGAGUUUACAGCAACUGCAAGAUUUACCAUAUCGCUAAGUAGUUUGAAAGCCUAUACAAAUGCAGAACGUACACGUACUUUUUUGGCCAUUCGUGUAGAUGACAUACAUUUAGAGAAAAUGCUGGAGAUUUUAAAGAAAGUUGAUCGUGUUAUGUUGAACUUUAAACUGGCCACGUUUUAUGAGGAUCCUUCUUUCCAUAUUAGUAUACUAUGGUGCCUUGGAGACUAUGUCGAUGAAAUAACCAAACAGUUACCUGAUAUUGUUGAAAGUAUAAAGGAUUUACUACCUGUAGAGUUAAAAAUUGAUAGACUUUAUUGUAAAAGUGGUUUUAAGGAAUUCAAUUUUGAACUGAAAUAAUAUGACGAUGAAGAC